UUUAUUUUCUUUAUUAAUUUUUUUUGUUGUAUUGUUUCAGCGGGCGAUAUUUUAAAUGUGGCGCCAACUGGCGGUAGUUCUGGAAUUAAGUAGAGGCGCUCGAAGACGUCAGCGCUACGGACGCAUCCUCUUUCCCCGCGUAUGUACAUUUUUAUCGGUGUUCAGUCAGUGCCGAGGUUGCAGUUCAUUACGUUCGUUUUGCGUGGAUGCCCAUUGUGAACAGGCCCAGAGAAUUUGCGUUCGUCACUACAAAAUUAACUUUGAUUCGCUUUACGUGCCGCAGAUAUAACCGAAGAUGUUCUCGCCGGGCGGCCCUCGUAUUUCAGUUACUCUUAGCUUCUACCACUAACCGGGAACGUCGUGGACGAGGUGGAAGGGUCCUCCCUAAUUGCGAAAGUGGCCGAUCCAAAUCUGGAGUCCACGCAAUUCCGAAUUAAUUAUUCCCAUUCGGCGAGUGCGACACGUAAAUGACAGUCUCAGCCAGCGAGGAUUACAUAAAGAUUCACCACAAUUGAAGUUUCCUGAUUCGUACAAGGAGGUAUGAUAUUAUAACGUGGGAUAAACUAAUAGAAAAUGAGAAAGGAAGCCGAGAGCGGACCCGUAGGGUGCAGUAGUGUCCCACCCAGGACUCUUCGCCAAGUGCCACGAUUUUCAUUGCGACAAUUACUUUACUCGAGCCCCCUUAUUGGACGCCGCAUUGCCAGAGCAUCGAGCUCAAAAAGUAGUAAAAAUAAAGAUUCAACGAAUUCUCGGACAGCAGAUGUAGAAAAAGGAGAAGCAAGAGUAAGCAAUGGAUCCAGCCAUUUUCAAAUUCAUAACCAAGACCUGCAACGAGCAUCCAGUAAAGGCACUGUGCUUCCAACUGCUGGAAAGAGUAAUGAAAAUGGUCUGAUGGAGUGUCCAUUAUGUCUGGCAGAGCUUCGGAUUGAAUUAUUUCCAGUAGUACAGUCCUGCCAUCAUCGGAGUUGUUACGAUUGUUUUCAACAAUACCUUAGAGUAGCGAUAUCGGAAUCCAGAGUUAAUAUUGCUUGUCCAGAAUGUUCCGAGCCUCUUCAUCCGAAUGACAUACGAAUGAUUCUGAACGACCAAGCUCAAUUAGAGAAAUACGAGGACUUCAUGGUUCGAAGAGUACUUGCCGUUGAACCGGAUGCAAGAUGGUGUCCCGCACCAGAUUGUAGCUUUGCUGUGAUAGCCAGUGGUUGUGCUUCUUGCCCAAAACUACGAUGCGAACGACCAGGAUGUGAUUCAUACUUUUGUUACCAUUGUAAAGCUAGAUGGCAUCCAAAUCAGACAUGCGAUGCAGCCAGAGCCCAGCGUUCGUUAUAUUAUGAGCGCAAUUCGUCUCUCAGCUUCAGUCAAAGUGACUCGCAACACAGGGACGACAUCAAACCAUGCCCAAGAUGUCAAGUGUUGAUCGUCAAAAUGGACGAUGGGAGUUGCAACCACAUGACAUGUGCCGUCUGCGGAGUUCAGUUCUGUUGGCUGUGUAUGAAGCAAAUCAGUGAUCUUCACUAUCUCAGCCCAUCUGGCUGUACAUUCUGGGGGAAGAAGCCAUGGUCCAGGAAGAAGAAGAUCCUGUGGCAGCUCGGUACUCUCGUCGGAGCACCAGUAGGAAUUGGCCUUGUGGCUGGCAUCGCAGUGCCUGCUAUGAUAAUUGGUAUUCCAGUGUGGGUCGGGACGAAGCUGUACACGAAAUACGAGAAGGCGAACAAACACAAAAGAAACGCAUUCAUCGCGGGGGGCGUAACUGCAUCGGUGUUGGUGUCACCUGUAUUGGCGGGCCUGGCGGUCGGUAUUGGAGUACCCAUUUUACUGUUCUACGUUUACGGCGUGGUGCCGAUCUCUUUGUGUCGCAGCGGAGGAUGUGGCGUGUCCACGAAUGGUUCCGGCGUCCGGUUCGAGUUUGACGACGAGAACGAGUUGAUGGGCGCUCUGGGGGUGCGCAACGCCGGAGAUGCAGCCUCGAUAGACGUUGCGAGCCACCGAGGGGGCAACCCUUCGAUAGGCGAAGCCUCGCUCUCCCUGGGGAGCGGCAGUCAGCUGGAAAAAUUAGGCCGAGAAAAUGAUCGCGAAAGUGCCAGCAACGUCGCCCUGGCCGGCACCAGCCUGGCGGGGAGCAUCGCCUCGAGCGUUCUUCCGGGUGGGCAGAGAUUGGAGGUCCAGGCCGACGUGACCUCGACCCAGAGGUUCAGCCUGUGCAGCGAGACCGCGUCCGCUGCCACCAGCCUUUCGGAAAAAUCCGUCAAUGCCUCUAUCGCCCUGGACGACGGCGCGGCGUCGACGAGGGCGCUCGCAGGAUCCGUCCUCAACUUCAAGCUCGACGGUAGCUCCAUCAGUGGAGGUCGCAGCACGGAGGAGCAGCCGACGAGCUCCGGAAACAGCGGACACAUGGACACGGCCGGCCAGGCGGCAUCGCUCAGCUCUCUGGAGGAGAUCGCCCCAGGUCUCGCAAAGCGUACCCGACGUAAGCCGACCUUGGAUAGGCAACCUAGCGACUCGAAUAGCUGGAUCGUGGGUGGAGAGGACGGUGGGUCCGAGCGGGUACGUUUUGACGACCACGUGAGCUUCAUAGAGGCCGAUCAAGAGGCUGGUCAGAGCGUGUGCGCGGCGAACAGAGCCGCUGGAAGACGCAAACGCAGCAAGGAGUCCGACGUCGAUGUCGAGGGCUCGAAGUCUUUGAGAAGCUCGAAUGGCGAACUGAACGUGGACGCCGCAGCGGAGGAGGCCCCACGCGAGCGCGUCAGCGUCGCCGCCCUGAGGAGCGUCUUCUUCCACAACUCGUCCACCUCUUCGGAUCGCGAGAGGCGGUUGCCGGUCAUCGAGGAGCCCUUCCCCUCUUCGUCCUUGCCCUCGACUUCCGCGACCACGAGCGAAUCCUCCGGCAAGGCUACUGCAGGUUUCUCGCCUCCCAACGAAGCUAAUGGGAAAAUUAAGACGGAUAACUCGCAAUGCUGAAUGCUGAGCCGUACCUUGCAACGCAAACCUUGCGGCCAUAUUUCGGGAGCACUUCGAGUACGCGUGUACAUAGGCAUAUGCGUGCAUAAACGGCGCCCUGUGUAAUUUACAUAUGCAUGUACACCUGCUCAGCGCUAUCUGGAAAACGUUUAGAUGAUGAUUAAAUAAGUGGGCUUGCUUAGGAUCAUUUUAAGCCGCGAAAGGGUGGUCGGAAGAGGGUCGAGCCGAAUUUAAUUACGGCCUGGACCGCCGAUGUUUCGCUUACGUUUUGGUUUGGGAAAUCCGCUGAUGCUUGGAACGGUAGAGGGAGAUUCUUGAGACCUGGUUUUCGAUGAGCGGUCGCGAUUUACUGAUUGUAAUAUCUACGUUCAAAGUAUUAUCGUAACGAUGAAAGUAUGCCAGGGUUUGUUGAUCGGUGAUUCGGGGGGACUAAAACGAUUUGAAAUGCUUUUAUAAGCUUUUGUAGAGUGAACAUACACCGGGUUAUGGGACACAACCAGGACUAGAUUACUGGACAGCUUCUGGAGUGGGUUAGCCGAAGUGACGUUUUUGAUACUACGAUUUAUUCCUAGACACGUGUCGAAGUGGAGUCGACCUUGUUAUGUGAUCGGUUUGCGACUGCAAUAGCAAUUUUUGCAUUGGCUAAGCGAUAAAGCUGUAACAGAGGCUAGUCCGUCGUUACAAGAAUUGUACAAUUGGCUCAACGUGUCUCUUAGUUCACGACUCGUACGGAAGAUGUCGCUAAAGACCUUCAUGACAUGUUUAUCGCGUAUCGAGAAAAUGAUCAAACCCAAUGUUCUAUUUUUUUUUUGUUUUAAAUUCUUUUACCAAAUUACUCAACUGCUUAAUUUCGUAACAUCGAUCACCGGAAUAUUAUAUUACUUCGAUCAUGAAAAGAUAUCGGAUGUGCGGCAUGGAGAUGCAUUCAAGAAUUGAUUUCGCGCAGAUGCGUGUUUGUCUUGCAGUACCGCGAAAUGUAUGUUGUAAAUAAUUACAAGGGGGAGAAAACUAAUACGUGCACGCAACUUUUACGGGUACCGUGCAUUUGUUCGUAAAGGAAUGUACGUACCAGUCGAAUUUAUGCUUCGAUAACCUCGAGAGAAUAGCCUAAAAUGAACUUUUUCUCCUCGCGAAAUCUUCGGUCUACAGAUUCAUCUACGUUGAUAAACGAUUUUAAACGUACAUUUAUUAGAGGCAUUCGAUUUGCGCAGUAUUUUUUCCUAAUUAAUUAUUAGACGUUUCGCUGUAGUGAUAGCACUGCGAAUUUAACGGACUCAACGGCGACGAUUUGAAGAACGCGGUUAAAAAGUAUUUCCUUUUCUUGCGAUAAAAAGACGGCUCUGGGAGAUACUUGACCUUUGGGCAAAAGCUUCCUAUUUAUCUCAACGAUGUUGCAUUAUUGUCAUGGAGCAUGAACUCGGCUGCGUACUCCAAGUAUGUAGAGUAAUUGCGUGUAUAUCUGGUCAUGUUGCGCCAUCGAAUUCAAGCUGUACUCUCACCUAUGCGUACUUAUAUAGAAAUUCUACCCAGUUACAAGGCAAGGACCUUUGCCUUCACAAUAUUCCGUGCGCUGGAAAUUGUGCAGAUCUAUAUAUUGUACAUUAGACUGUUAUAGAAUCUGUAACAUCGUAUACCAUGCUUGGCACGAUGCUCGUAUUCUGGUAUAAUUACGUAUAAGUCGAAAGGUGAUUAUUCAUUUGCUAGCCCAUUUAUCGUUUAGCUAUUAUUCCGAAAUAGACGUAGGUCUAGUAGAAGCGUCUCGAAGCAAGAGCAUAGAUUUCGUAUCUGCAUUUAACUCCUUCGAUGAUUUUAAUUCACCCCUGUAAUUCAUUUGCACAUUCGUGCGAGUCAAUAAUACGUUGCCCACGUCGGACUUCGAUUAUUAAAAAUUCUUUACAUGCUGUUCUUGCCUAUGUGCUUUAAUUUGGCAGUGUUUCUUAGUAACCAACCUGUAGCGGUGCACAUAUAUUUCAGUUACGAAAGCAUCGCUCUCUAAAUGACUAUCAAAUGAAUUUUUGUAUUAUUCUCAUACUGCAUCCACGAUUAGGGGUGCCUGCUGAACCAUAUUAAUCUUUGGAAAGAAAAACACAAACUGCCGUGUUCCUGUUAUUUGUAGAAAAAAGAAAAAAAAAUAUUGGAAACUGUCGUGUACAUAGUAUAUCUAUAUACCUAAGUAUUCUUGACAUUUUCUUUAGGCAAUUAGCCCGCGAAUGUGUGAAUACUAGUAUAUUCAAUAAUUUUCAAUGUACACCUAGAUUAUUACAAUUAUUUAGAACAUACUCAUAAAAUGUUGGGGAAAGUUUUAGAGUAUUUAUAUUUAUAAUAGUUUGUUGCAAGCAUAAAGUCCGUUUAUAAGGCUGUAAGUCCUAUAAUUGCAACAUGAUUAUUGCAAUGCAAUUGACUGACCCGCGUCACAAGCUGUGUUUCUUUUGUUUCCCAACUCGAAUCAUUGCGAGUAAGGUUCGUCGUAUGAUUUAUAACUAUACCGUUAUUUACCUUAGUUGAUUUUUGUUUAAGAUGGAUAGUUAGAUUUCCUUCCAUUACUAUACUUGUUCCAUUGCCUCCAAUCAAAUAAAAGUUGCCACUUCUACAUAAA